CGCUGCUGCACUCGCUCAUCGAGAACUCGACCUCCGGCACAAGCAAGCACCUCGCGACCUCGCGAUCGCUUUCUCUCGCGCUCUCGUGGGGACGACGCUCGUUCAUCUCCACCAUCUCCGACUCUAGAAGAAAGCGAAGCGGAGAAAAAAACAACCUUGUGCUGAGUGGAAAAGUCUUUUCAUGGCAUGUUUGGCGCUCUCCUUGCAGCCCAAGAAUGGGCCCGAUGUGCUCCUGCAAACGCGGGAGUGGUUCCCUCCAGCAAGGGCAGCGUUGGCGUCAUACAGCUUCAGGACAACUCGCGAGAACCCUUCUGCCGGGAAGGGUGAUGUUCUGGAUCAACAACCGCAUGGGCUUGGGAACGAUUGGCUUUCAACAGCAAGUGGUCAAGUUGUGGUUGGGAAGGAGAGCAAAUAUCGGGUCGUAUAUCGACUAGUAAACACGAUAUAUGUCUUGGGCAUCACCACUGCGGAUCAAGAUGUUAGCAGCAAUGUUUUUGAGUGCGCCAGCACUGUCAAUCAAGCUGUCAGCGUGUUGGUGGCAGCUUGCAAGGGCAUUGAUGUUACAGCUGACAAGCUUCUCCGAAAGUAUACAGAGGUAUACAUGGCACUCGAUGUUGUACUGCGAGGAGUUAGUGCCGCCCGACUCGCGACGAUACUGGCUAGUUUUCAUGGAGAAGGCAUUGCCCAAAUUGUAGUGUCAGCAACAGAUGCUGAAAAUAGAGUGCGAGGUGCUGAAAGCUGGAAUCAAGUUAAAGGACAAUCGGUCGACCGGCUCGCAAAUAUCGAGCUCUUAUCUAAUUCAACGUUUGAGCUACCUGAGGAGACUUUGGCCGCUGGGGAUGAAGCUGCUGCUGCGCUUGGUACCCCUGCUCAAACUACUGCUAUUGUAGGAGCAAAUGUAGUCGAAAAGCCUGAAGAGAAACCCGAAGUCAGUGAAGAUCCAUUUGCAGCCAGUGACGCUAUAAAUAAACCGGAGGAGCUUCUUACAGGUGGAUUUAAGAAGAAUAAGGAAGCUCCCAAAGAUGUGACUGCUGGGCUCUCAGAGCUGACCGUCCCUACCGGCGGCCAACAAGGACCUACAGCUGUUAAAGGUGUUGAAGGAUUUGAAGGGGAGUACGGUGACCUUGAAUAUGACGAACCUGACGGAGGAUUUGGAGACUUUGAAGGGUUAACUGAUGCCUUUGGAGGAGGGCUGGAUCCUACAGAAUUUGGUGCAACGACCAAACCUGGGGAAAAGAAGGAUCUUGGGUUGGGUGGAUUAGAAGAGUUGGAAGGUGGCGGAGGAAAGAAAGAUGAUAAAGAUGCAGAGGCGAAAGCUAAAAGUGCAACCGGUGAUGCAACUCCAGGUGGUGCAGUGUUUGGGGUGGACGGUCCCGAAGCUAGUAAGGGUCCAGUGCUGUGGUUGACAGAAGAGAUUUCUGCUGAUUAUGAAGGUGCUGCCCUCACACGUGUUGGCCUGCAAGGUGUUCUUCACUUGCUGACGAUUCCUCCUUCUGUAAACAAAGAAGACACGGAGUUCUCAUUUAGCCUGGAGGGUGCUGCUAGUAUCAAGAGAGCCGUGGUUAGAGGUGCAAUAGCAGGAAGUUUGGGGAACGGUAUAUACCAUGUUCGGACUCCGCCAUCCGAAUCCUCCAUACCGAUUUUAAAGUAUCGAUUGCAGCCGCGGUUUACUCCCAUUCCCCUUAGACUCAGAUUGGUCAGCCGUCAAAAUCCUCUAACUCUUUCUUUCAUGAUACAAUAUGUGGCAAAUCCCUACCUGCCCGGUAUUUUGUCUGAUGUAGUUUUUAUUGUAAAGCUACCGUUUGCACCUUCGACUCUGAAGAUGGCACCGAGAGGUGCAUUGGAUCGGACUUCUAGGGAGUUGAGAUGGCAAGUCCCUCAAAUACUGCCGCAGGCCAGUCCGCAGCGACUAAGAGCACAACUUCCCUUGGCACCUGAAUUCGUCUCUUCUUUAUCGAGUCAAGAAAAUGGUCAAAAGCCCAAGGAAGUUCCGAUAAAGUUAAGAGUAGAAUUUUCAUGCCGAGGACAGUCACUUUCUGGCAUCGCUGUGGUUCCUGUAGCUAAAGACAGUCCACCUCAAUUUUCUAUUGGUGAGCACUUCUUUAAGGCCGGAGAGUUUCUGUGUUCUCUUUCUUGACAGAGACCAAUUUUCUAGUCGACUUCGUAGUGUUGUUCAUCCACUUUCAGUCAACUCUUACUGCUCUGUACCCUUAGAAUAGACAUUUUUUUAGCAAGUCUCCACUCUUGUUUAGCAUAUUGUAACUAUUUGCACCAAUUACCUUCAACAUUAUAACACACAGAUAAUUUUAGAUUCAUAGUUAGUCUUCGUAACUGCAAUCACAUACUUGCCACAUAAAGCUGAUUAGCUCAUUAGUGAGAUUGUUAGAAUCGAAGUAUGUAGGUGGUUUGAUCUCCAUGUUCAGAUGUGAGGUCCAGUUAUGUCCAUAUUCUUUUAAAUCAGAGGAUUCCUCUAGGAAUGAGGUUUCAGCGUCUCGUGAAAUGAACUAUUAUUUUUCUGCUGUAUCCUUAUAUGCUCUAUACAAGGGAUCUGAGUCCAAUAACUCAGUCGUGAUUUUGGGUCG